AUGCGACAGCUCCACAGCAUCGCAUUGGUGGUCGCGGCCAGCCUCCUCUACAGCAGCGAUUGUGCUCAAGCAAUAGACAAGAACGUUCAGGCGUCGCCACGCACAAUACCCGACGCCCCACCGCUGGUUGACGCUCUCUCUACAAACCCGAAUUGGGACGCCGGCAGGAGGUUCCUACGCGUAGCAGAGACGCUAGGGGAUGAUAAAGGAGGUAUCAACUCUACUGGCUCUCCACACAACACUUCGUCAUUCACUUCAUCGUGCUCGGCGUCUGGCUCCAAUGAUCAAGAAGAAGGAGAAGAGAGGGCGAUCAAGCUGCCCAGCUCGAUCGCCAAAUUUUUCAAGGGCAAGAAGAUUCCGUCCAUAGUCACCGACUUCUUGAAGACCAACAAGGAACCGACGACAGCAGCAAAGUUGCGCGUCAAAAUGCUGGAAAAACUGCCGCCUGAGCUGGCUGCUGAGCUCAUAUUCUUGAAGCCGCCGAAGAGAUUUCUGCCGACCAAUGUACCGGCGAAGAUGCCGUCGAAACUGUCGUCCAAUAUCAAAGCACAAGCGUUCAAGAUCCCGGGUGUGGCGGAUGUCACAAUUCGGUUGCAGAUGGAGGUCUGGUUCUACUAUAGAGCGCCGCCGAUGUUCGUGUUUAGGAAGCUGGGGCUCGUCGGCAAAGGCUCGGGCGACAUACUCCACGCAGAGCCAAACUACAAGUACUUCAAAUCAUACUUCGACGCGUGGUAUAAGGCACAAUCGCAUUUAAUCUUCUAG